GCAUUUGCUGUCAAGGUCCAGUUCUGGGGUCCCACUAAAUAACCAUGGCAGAAGGCGGAUUUGAUCCCUGUGAAUGUAUUUGUUCAUAUGAACAUGCCAUGAGAAGACUGAUCAAUCUGUUACGACAAUCCCAGUCCUACUGCACAGACACAGAAUGCCUUCAAGAAUUGCCAGGACCAAAUCCAUCAGCCAAUAAUGACAUCAGUGUUACAAUGAUAAUGGUGGGUUGGCUGCUUCUGGCAUUUGUCUUGUACUUGAUGAGACCUGCCAGCCUACGAAGAUCUUUUACAGCUGAAAAGCCAUCCAGGGCACAUAAUGUGAGCGUUGAUUUCUGUUGCUUUAUCUGA